AUGGGGAAGCGAGCAAAACUUCCAAGGUCGAAAUUCAAUGCAAAGUCCAACUCGGCGGCGGCAGCCGCGCGAAGGACAUCUUAUCCAGAUCCGCCACAAGGGACCGUGUUCAAUCCAGAUGUGAAUGCCGAAUUCAAAGACAAACACCUGUCCGUCUAUGGCCAUCGAUUGAUGUCUAAUCGAGAUCUCCGGGCGGUAGGAGUUGCACAGCUACUAAUGGACUGGGCUUCUGAUGAUACUCAACCCGACGGAGUGCGCGAAGGGUUUCCAUUGAAUGCCGUCGUGGGGAUCAAUCUGACUAUCGACGACUUUGAGGCUCUAUCCAGGCGGUACACAGAAGAUUCGGAAGAUGCUUUUACCAUCUUCGCUCAUGAAUGGAAGUGGCGUCCUCCAGUACUGAGAUCAUUCAAACCCAUCGAAGUCGGACAAUGGGAGCUGGAGGUCUACGACAUCCUGUACAACUACUGCCUACGCCCACUGGAAUACAACUCGCUCACAAUGAAUCAAUUCAUAGCAUGGCUCUGUUCCAAUGGCAGCGUGCCAAAGAGCUUCCGCACCAGAGUCGAAAAAGAGUGUCUCAGCCGCGGAGGCAUCAAGUAUUCUGAGUUCUUAGCGAUUGUGGCAAGCUACGUCGACGCACAACCAGAGGAGAUUGCACGCAAGCAAAGGCUCCGAGAAUUCUUCCACGACAACGAACCUCCAAGACUUAAAGCCAUUGGUCUGCAAGAAUUCGACCAAUACAAACGGGAUGUCAUCAAAAUUGCUCAGACAAAUCGAGACAUCCUCUUACUCUGGGAUGAGCAAUUUGUGUUCUGGCUGAGUAGAGGGUUCUAUGGCUUCCCCGAACUUGCUGGUCUGAUCGGUCGUCGGGCUUUCGAAUUAGCCAUCCGGCUCGACGAGACGAGGCCUCCUUCGUGCAAAGCCGUCAACCUUCUAUUCGGGGACAUGUUGAUUGUGAUGGAGGAUUACAUUCACAGAGAACACGACCGCCAAAUGAAGAUUGAGGCAGGACCUUCACCUGAACAGUCAGAAGAUGAGGCCGAGCUCGAAGACAUGUUGAAUGAGAUCUUGCACAAUGAAAGAGAGAUUCAUUACAAGAGAGCUGAGAUCUACAAAAAGCAGGCCGAGGAUAGGGGAGUCGUCGAUGACAACCGGAUUCUCUAUCUGCUCGAUCAGGAGGAAGCCAAGUGUGUCAAGAUGUUGCAAGAGCUUCGAGAGGCGCAAGAGAGAAGGAGGAUGAAGUUUGAACAAGCCAUACCGCGAAGCAUCAUCGCUGAGGUGCUAGGGGCUGAAGAACCUAUCGCACAGAUGGUGGCCACCAAGGACAUCACACAGAGGGCUUCGUCAGGAGAGAUUGCCUCAGCCCAGCAGCACUACACACACAUGCCUUACUUCAGAUUGUCACGUCCCAACUCUCCCGUCGACAACUCAGACGAAGCCGACUACGACUCUGAAUACGAGCGGCAGCAAAGAUGUCGCAUGGCAGAGAUCAGACGACGAAGGUUGACUCGAAGGACGAGAUGA